UCAUAUAUGGCAUCCCAUCCAUCCACAAAGUUCCACCGCACUGGGUCAUGACCUCAUAGCGGAAUACAUAUUCCGCCCGAAAAGCCCAAUAUAAAAGAACCCCCCUCAACCACCCAAACCACAAAAACACAAUUUGGCAACCCCCAAAAUGUCCCACCUAACCUACUACGACUACCCCGGCGUUGGCGAACGCAACCGCCAAAACUUCAAAUACAGCCAAGCCGUCCGCAUAAACGACCGCAUCGAAUGUUCCGGUCAAGGCGGCUGGGACCCCAACACGGGCGUAUUCUACAAAGAAAUCAAUGCACAGAUUGACCAGGCGUUUGCGAACGUGGAUCUUGCGCUCAAGGCGGCCGGCGGGAAGGGCUGGGAGCAGGUUUAUCGGGUGAAUUCAUAUCAUGUGCCGAUUAAUAAUGAGGCGCUGGUGGCGAUGGUCAGGAAUUUUAGGAAGUGGGUGCCGGAUCAUGAGCCGAUAUGGACUUGUGUGGGAGUUACGAGGUUGGGGGAGGAUGAUAUGAGGGUUGAGAUUGAGGUUGUGGCGCAUGUUCCGAAAUAAUAUCUUUUUUUUGAAUGUAGAUAGGUAAUGAAGUUAAGAUUGUUUGGAUUUGGUUUGAAGUGGAGGUGUGAUAUCUGUUGGGUUUUUGUGGUUCUUUGGGGCCAGCACAGGUGCUCUAAGGUCGAGUAAGUUCGAAAGAUAUGCUUUAUGUGUAGGCGCUGUUCGAAUUUCACGCUUAUCCGUUUCACGUAUCUAUAUUUGUAUGCCUUUCGCAGUAUACGAACGGGCUGUUGUGUGAUGCGAUUUACCGUAUGAUGGAGCUGGUGUAGC